AUGGGACUCAGCUGCUUCAAGUCCUGGAAACAUGACAGCACCGGCUACAAAGGAAACAGAGACGUGUUGGCCAGCCCAGGAUCCUACUUCUUCCUCUCCAACAGCGCCGGUCAGGGUGACGAGUGGCUGAAGAGCCUCAACAAGGGAGUCUGGAUCCCUUUUACAGGAGUCUUUGGUCAGCGUCUGGAGGAGACGGUGCUGUAUGAGCGACGUUAUGGUUUGCGUUUGGUUCCUCUGGUGGUGGAGCAGUGCGUGAACUUCAUCCGGGAGCGCGGGCUGCACGAAGUGGGCUUGUUUCGCCAGCCGGGUCAGUCCAGUCUGGUCAAAGAGCUGCAGGAGGCCUUCGAUGCAGGAGAGAGGCCGUCCUUCGACACUAGCACAGACGUCCACACGGUGGCGUCACUGCUGAAGCUCUACCUCAGACAGCUGCCGGAGCCUCUGGUUCCUUACAGACGCUACCAGGACUUCCUGCUCUGUGCUCAGAAGCUGUCGAGUGAUCGCACACUGGUUUUGGCAGAGUUGAGGAAUCUUCUUCAUGAGUUGCCGGUUGCAAACUUCAACCUACUCGACUUUAUCUGCCAGUUUCUAAAUGAGGUCCAGAGUUACUCCGGCAGUAACAAGAUGAGCGGACAGAACUUGGCCACCGUGUUCGGGCCAAACAUCCUCCGAGCCAAAGCUGAAGACCCACAAAGCAUCAUGGGAGGUGCAGCGCUGGUCCAGGUGCUGAUGUUGGAGCUGAUCAGAGAGCACGAGUCUCUGUUUGCCAAAGUCCCCCCGACCGUCUCCGCCCGUCCAUCGGGAGGUUUGCAUGCAUCACCGAGCGCUCUGAGGCAGCCUCAUCUCCACCCUCAUCUCCACCCUCAUCUCCACCCGUCGCCAUGCCUCCGCCAGCUGUCCAUGCCUCUGAUCGUAGAGCGUUCCAGAGAGCCAGGGCAGCCCGCCGCAGACGAACAGAACCACAGCUGCUUCUUCUCUGCAGCUGCCAAAUCCGACUUGUCCUCUGGCCAGAAGAGACUUCUCGGCCAUCGCUACACCUCCUCCCACCCAGAGAACUGCUUCUUCCCCCUGCCCUCCUCCAGUCAGCCCCUUCAGCACCACUCUGACAGACACAACAUGGAUUAUCACCAGAGCCACGCUGGCCAAGGACCAUCCUCGACAAAUGUUCAUGCCUCUACAAACAGCCUACAAGACCCACAGCCAGACAGCUCCAAGUCCGGACCCACUCCCAUGAGCAGCUGGGCAAAGGACUGGCCUGGCCCAGGAGAGGCAGACACUGGUUUCUGGAGCUCUGGUGCUGCAGAGGAAGAUGGUGCAGUGCCGGGAACAGCCAGCAGGGGGAGCAGUGAGGCUCAGGAGGACAGCAACCUCUCUGCCUACGACAACCUGGACAGAAUGUCUUUACGUCACAGGAUGGAGGAUGGUGAGCAUUGUAAAACCAACGAUCCAGGACCGUGUGAAGAGGAGGUGGAGCUAGAGGAAGGUCAUACAAGGGACUCUUUGUCUUCAUGGUCUUCCUGUGAAGUUCUACCACUGGAUGGUUGCGGUGAUGCUUUGUGUACGUUUAGUCCUGAUGUAUCACCAAAGACACCUAUCAAUUCGAGUCCGGUAGCAGAAGAGGAAAACAGCGAUAAUGAUGAUCACAAAGAAGACAAUUAUGAUGAUGGUGAUGGUGAUGACGAAGUCCACCACCCUAACUCCCCAGCCUCCUGUUCUGUACUCAGUGACAGCCCUCUCAGCACGGGCAGCUCAGAGGUGUUCCUCCCCUCCGGUCCUCCAGACCUCCAGGGGCUUGAGGCUCAAUCACAGCCCGGGGAGGCUCACUCAAUCCUGGCCAAACUGCAGCACCAGAUGACCCGGCAGAAGGCCGAGUACCAGACCAGGAUUCAGAGGUUGGAGCGCUGCAACGACGUCCUGGAGCGGCAGGUCGCGAUACUGCGGGUCAGUCUGGAGCAGCAGAAGCGAAGCCGGAGCGUCGCAGAGAUCAAGAUCCACAACAUGGAGCGAGCCAAGGCGGACGCCGACAUCCGAAACGACACACUGCAGAGAGAGAUGGAGCUGUUCUUCAGGAUGUACGGAGAGGUCAAGAAAAGAGGAGGAGGAGGAGGAGGGAGUCUCUGA